AUGGUCCCGGCUCUACGCUCGCCGGCCCGCCAGGCCGCCCGCGUUGGGGAAGAGCCGCGGAGAGUGAAUCGGCGUGAGGUCGCCGGUUCUGGAGGUGGACGGCCCGCAGGCCCGCUGGCCCCAGGUCUGGAGGUCCUGGCACCCCGGACCCGCAGACGCCGGCAGGACAGGGCACCCCGGCCGUCCGCGCGCCCGCGGGGAGGUCAAGCAGGAGACCGGAAGUCGCCCGGCGGUCAGUCUGGACGGAUCGUCGGGGUUCCCGGGGCCCCCAAACCCGCGCGCUACGGCCGACGCCAGCCUCUUUACGAGUUGGGGGAGACUUCUCUGGACCUCCAGAAAACCACCACCAAAGACCUGCCCACCAAGUUCAGACAACAGCAGCUACCACCGGAGGGUGUGUGUGCGCGCGUGUGCGUCUCGCCGCGGCCGGCGGUGACCGAGCCGAGCUCCGGGGCCCGCGGCCUCCGAGCACCAGGACGCUGCGUGGGCUGCGGGCAACCAGCUACGCCACCCGGCCUCCCGCUGGAGAAAGGCCCAGGCGCGCCCCGGCUCCUGCGCGCCUCUGCCCAACUUGCCCCGGAGCGCUGGGCAGAGCGGGAGGGAGAGAAAGAAAGGCGCUUCCCCUCGGCCGCGCGGGUCAGUCCUGCGCCGCCGAGGACGAGGAGGAAGAGGCGACCGCGGCGGCCCGGCAGUCGCUGCGCAGCACCCGGUCCCCGCCGCCCGGGGCGCGCCCUCGCCAGCCCCUCCUGCGAAACUUUUUCCUUUUGGUUCGCCCCACCCGAAAAGUGCAGCCCGGGAGGGGGAGGCGGGCGGACCGGGCUCGCAGCAGGCGGCGGCGGCGGCGGGCGAGGAGGAAGUGGUGCCCGCGGGAGCGCGGACGAGCAGAGGAAAUGCCCGGCCCGCUCGGCCCCCGCCCGCGCCCGCCGCCCGGCCAGCCCCGAGCCCCCGCCCCGCUGCGACUUUGGCGGGCCGAGCCCGGCGCGGCAGUGGUGGCGGCGGCGGCGGCGGCGGCAGAUGUGGCCCGGCUGCCCGGAGGAGCCAACAAUGCGGGGCCGGCAAAACAAAAGGGUUCCACUUCGCCUCCUUUCCCUUCUUUCACUUGCGCUCCCGGGGCGCCGCGCGGGAUCCCCGGCCAGCAGGGGCCGCUCCCCUGGGGGCCCCGAGCCGCGCGCGCCCCGGUUUCCCCGCGGACCCCCGCUCUAUCGCCCGCCCCCGCCCCGCAAAGUGUAA